CACGUUUACUGAUCACUCUCUUAAUUAUUACUUUAUUUGAAGUAUAUUUACGCUGUGAAUAACUCAAAUUCCAUAUCAGCGAGAGCGUAAGCACAAACAAAAAAAAAAAAUUAUGUUUUGGAAAGAUUCUAUAAAGCCGCCAGCUACGUGCCAUAAAACGUUGAGCGAAAUAGAAAUGACAAAAUAAAUGAAAAUUUAAGAGUUACUGAUGAUGUCGUGGUACACACGGCUGCCUCUGCUGCAGGCAGCGUGGGAUCGAUUCCCGCUCAGUGAUGAUGUCGAUAUCUGCCCUGCGACUGACUGGCGACCAGUUCAGGGUGUAGUCCGCCUUUGGCCCAAAGCGAGCUGGCAUAGCCUCCACCUUUCCCGCUACCCUUGUGAGGAUAAGCGGCAUGGCAUUGUAAUUUAGAUGAAUGUCAGUGAGCCAUCUUGUCCAUCCGUCCAUCCAUCCAUUAUCGACCGCUCUUCCGGGUCGGGUCACGGGGGGUAGUAGCUUCGUCCACUCGGACUCAAUGUCCCCCCCACCCUAACCCGCCUCCUCUGGGACGUGAGCAAAGUUCUUUCGGAGGUGGGAGUUGAAAUUCCUUCUGACAGGAGAAUCUGCCAGCCGUUCCCAGCAGACCCUCACAACACGUCGGACUGGCAAAGUGGCAUCUUCCCCCACCAACGGAGCCGACUCACCACCGGGCGCUGAUCGGUUGACAGCUCCGCCACUCCCUUCACCCGACCCGAGUGUCCAAGACAUGCGGUUGCAAGUCCGAUGACACGACCACAUCCCCAAAACAUGCAACAUUAAUUGGACACUCUAAAUUGCCCGUAGGUGUGAUUGUGAGUGUCACUGUUUUCUGUCUCCGUGUGCCCUGCGAUUGGCUGGCGACCAGUUCAGGGUGUGCCCCGCCUCCUGCCCGUUGACAGCUGGGAUAUGCUCCAGAUCUCCCUGCGACCCUUGCGAGGAUAAGCGGCAAAGAAAAUGUAUGUAUAUAGGUCAAUUUUUAUCAAGUACAAUACUGUAGAGGCGCUAUUACUGUUAAAUUAAAGACAUUCUACAAUUUUUGAGGGUGUGUGUGUUUUAUGGGCGUGUGCACAGAUGAGUUUCCUUCCUUCCUUCCUUCCUUCCUUCCUUCCUUCCUUCCUUCCUUCCAUUCAUUUCACUGAGCGAAGAUCGUUUGGAAAUUAUGAGUCAAACACCAGAGCAGAAUUUAUACUUCGCACUAAAGCAUAGCUUAGUUGUGCUUUUUUUUUUUUUUUUUAUCUGUCAUUAUUUGUAGAACUGGCGCGUGGUAAAGCGUUGGCCUCACAGUUCUGAGGUCCAGGGUUCAAUCCCGGACCCGCCUGUGUGGAGUUUGCAUGUUCUCCGCGUGCACUCCGGUUUCCUGCCACAUCCCAAAAACAUGCAACAUUAAUUGAGCACUCCAAAUUGCCCGUAGGUGUGACUGUGAGUUGUCUCGAUGUGCCCUGCGAUUGGCCGGCGACCAGUUGAGGGUGUACCCCCGCCUCCUGCACGUUGACAGCACUCCCAGCGACCCUUGUGAGGAUAAGCGGCUAAGAAAAUGGAUGGAUGCCUAUUCGUAAGUGUUGUUUCAUUUUGGUGAUUGACAGAGGAGGACGUCCCUGUCAAAGCGGGCGCCAUAUUGGAUGAGUCCGCCUCUCAACGCGUUUUUUCUGCUCAGGUGCGCUCCGAGCCGCCCUCGCUCACUUCCGGGAGCUCAAGUGAGUCGGACCAGCGCCGGCACCGGACACAAUGGACCGGAAGACAAGACACGAGCCAGGUUCUCACGUCGUUGACGGAGGAAGAAGGGUUUCCUGACAAGAGAGGAUUCUCCCUCGCAGUCCACUUGGCGUGGCUCCCCCGCCGGAGCUGAGGGGAUUGACGCAUUGUGGAGUCGACAGGGUGGGGGGGAGAGGAGGAGGAGGAGGAGGAGGAGGAGGAAGAAGAAGAAGAAGAAGAGGUGGUGGUGGAGGAGGAGGAGGAGGUGUUGGUGGAGGGGGCGCGCACUGCAACCCCUCCUUCCCGAACACAACCGAGGAGGCAUCUACCGGCGGAAGCGUGAUGGCCGACACCGACGACCAUCAACCGGAGAACGGCUUCGUGUCCCCCGAGACCACGUCGUCGUCGUCGCCGCCACCGCCACCGCCACCGCCACCGCCGCCGCCGCCGCCGGCUCCGCUGACGCGCGUCGACGGCUCGGUCCUGCCUUUCCUCGGCGGCUUCGGGAAGUACCAGAAACAGCUGAUCGUGCUCACAUGGAUCCCGGCGCUCUUCAUCGGAUUCAGCCAGUACUCUGACAAUUUCCUGCUCGCCCAGCCGAACAACACAUGCAUUCAGCCCUUGGCGAACGCCAGCGGUCCCAGGACCGCGACCGGGACCGCUUCAGCCGGCGGCAACGUGACGUGGGCCCGCUCGGGUGGCCCCCAGAACUCGAGCGAGCGGGCUCCCGGCGUCCGCAACGACACCAACGACACGCAGUGCAUGUGCACUGCGUGGACCUUUGAGCUGGACACCGGCCUUGUGCAGAACGUUGUCACCAAGUGGAGUCUGGUGUGUAACUCUGCGUGGAAAGUCCAUAUUGCAAAGUUCUCCCUCUUGGUGGGUUCCAUCUUUGGCUACCUGGUAUUUGGAAUCCUCGCCGAUUGGUUUGGCCGCCACCCGGUGCUGAUCAUUUCCGUGCUGUUCAUGUUGGUUUUCGGGCUCACGGUGGCCUUCUCGGUCAACGUUCCGAUGUUCAGCACGCUGCGAUUCUUCGAAGGCUUUUGCUUGUCGGGCAUCACGCUGUCCCUCUACGUCCUCAGGAUCGAGCUGUGCCUGCCGGGUUGGCGCUUCUCCAUGACCAUGGUCGCCAGUUUCGUGAUGCUGGGCGGCCAGCUGCUGAUGCCGGGCGUGGCCUAUUUGUGCCGUGACUGGCAGGUGCUCCAGGCCGUCAUCAUCUGUCCCCUGCUGCUGAUGUUGUCCUACAUCUGGAUCUUCCCCGAGUCGCUGCGUUGGCUGCUGGCCACGCAGCAGUACUGCCGCUCCAAGUGGAUCAUGGGAGACAUCGCAAAGAAGAACUGCGUCACUAUGGAGCAGGAUCCGGACAGCAUCCUCCCAGAAUUGCAGAGAGCGCUUCAACGCAAGCCCAAAAAGACGUGCAUCGUGAAAAUGGCCCGGACCAGGAACCUGUGGAAGAAUAUUGUCGUGCUCUGCGUCAACUCGCUAACCGGCUACGGGAUCCACCACUGCUUCGCCCGCAGCAUGAUGGACCCGGAGGCCCAGGAAACAACCAUGUUCCACGACUUCUACGCCGACUAUUACACCAUGGCGGGCAUCGCCGUGGCAUCCUGCCUGGCGCUGUGCCCGGCGGUGGGCCUGAUGGGCCGGCGCGGCGGCCUCCUCAUGUUCAUGAUCAUCACCGCGUUGGCGUCGUUGCUGCAACUGGGCCUGCCCAACUUGCUGGGAAAGUACAGCACCCAUCUCAAUAUAGAUAGUUCGAGCACGCUGAAGAAGAACUUCUCCAUCGCCUUCUCCAUCAUCGGGAUGUUCUCCUCGCACGCCGUCAGCAACCUGAGCAUCUUCUUCUGCGCGGAGAUCACGCCCACUGUCAUCAGGGGCGGCGGCCUGGGCCUGGUCCUGGCGAGCGCCGGCUUCGGCAUCCUGACGGCGCCCAUCAUGGAGCUGCACAACCAGAAGGGCUACUUCCUGCACCACAUCAUCUUCGCCUGCUGCACGCUCAUCUGCAUCAUCUGCAUCCUGCUGCUGCCCGAGACGCGCUACCACCCGCUGCCCGAGACGCUGGCCGACGGCGAGAGCUACACGCGCCAGCCGCUGCUGCCGCCCCGCAAGCCGGGCGAGCAGCGCCUCCUGCUGACCGAGACCGCCCGGGAUUACACCCGGGUGCACGACACGCCGCCGCACGAGGCGGCGGCCGUCGCCGUCUCCAGCAUGGACUCCGCCGCCGAUUUGACCGCCCGAGGCGACGGCGACGCGUACGUCGUCGGUUUGACCGAGGUCGACGUCAUCGACGCCAGCGAAGAGCGCCUCCUGUCUUCCGCCCCCGCGCACUCGCACCCCCUGCUGUCCGACGAAGAGAAGUCCUCAGAGGUGGUCCUCGCGUCUAUCGAGCCCCUCGCCCGCGCCGUCGUCGUCCCGCAAUUGGACGACGCUCUGCGUCCGUCCCCCACGCGGGAAGCGGUUCCGGACCUCGCCUCCGAGGGAUCCCUGGACCGUCCGGACGCUCCACCGUCGCCAGAGGACAACUUAGUCGACUCUCCGGCAUCGGGUCCGCCUUCUCCCGCGCUCGUGGCAGAUGGCGACGCAUCCGUGGAGGCCCCGCCCUCCCCGCCUUCAGACAUCGCCGUGGAAAUAGAAGACGAAUCGAUAGUGCCGCACCCCCCCGGUCCUUCCCCCCGUCCGGUCCCCGUUCAAGACUCUGCUUUCCCCUCCUCGAGCCAUAUGACGCCACCCGAAUCGCGUUCCCCGCCCCCUCCCCCCGUCACAGGACCAAGCGCCGCCGAGGCGACCGCUUUGACUGAUCACCCUUUACGAGAUUCACGAGAUUCGGACUCGGAUUCCAGCCCGUCAGGAGCGUCUCGCCGUUCUCUGAUGGUCUGUACAGUUUCCUCCCCUAUAGAUUCUGGCGUGCUGUCAAUCAGCGCCAGCACAGGGAGCAACGCCAUCAAUGGCGUGCCGUCGUCAUGAUGAUGUCGAUGACGACGAUGGCGAUGGGGACUUUGCAGCAAAUAAAUCUCGCACUUCAAAAGAAGGCCGUCCCAGCCUGGAGUUGGGAGGUCUCCACACGAGACCCUCUUCCUCUUCCUCUUCCUGCACAAGAGACUGCUUUGUGGCAGUGUUGUUUUUGUUUCUUGAAUGUCCGUUAACAGGGGAAGGAAAAAAAAAACAAACAAAAAAAACGUCACCAGCCUUUAAACUGCAUCGAUGGACAAAAAAAAAAAAAACUUUGAGUCAAUCAAAAAGAAAAAAAAAAAGCACCAGGACGUGAAGACAAAUAAUGCUGAAAUAUCGAAACGAGUGAAUGUUUGCUCGACGUGCAGUGCUUAACACAUUUAUUAGCCCAGUCUUGAUCGAGCUUUAUCCGGAAAGUAAAAAAAAAAAAAAAAAAUUCAGUAUAUAGAGUAUAACAGAACUCGUGCACCGACGUCAUCAAAUCACGUCACUGGCCGGAAGUGCCGGUCAAACAAAUCAUUCUUCCAUGCUAAGUCGGUUGGAGACAACACGAAAAUACGUCCUACAGCACGACGCCCAAAAUCUUGUCCGAAACCGUUAAACAUUUAGAAGGUGAUAAUAAACGAAGGUACGUGGAAAAAUGAGAGACACUUGGCAAAGAGGAACCAUAUUUAAUGCCGAAGUCGACCCGCUUGUGCUUGUCUUCUGUUCUCCACAUGGAUCUGCUGAGUAAGUCAUUGAGAUUUACGCGGAAGAGUUUGAAAGCGUAGAAAAGUCUGGACUCGUACAAAUAUUUUGUUGCUGGGUCUGUUCUCAAUCAAGAUUAAAUCCCACAUAACGAUGGAGAAACUCAGAUUUUUUUUUUAAAUACAAAUACCAAUAUUUGAAUAAACGAGCCCUGAUUUUACACAAACUUGCAUUCAUUAACUAUGGAAAAAAAAAAAAAAAAACAGAGUCAGCUCCUCCGUACACGGAAGCGUGUUGCGGCCAAACAUUAAACUUUGCUAAACCUCUCCCGACAGAUUUUUUUUUUUUUUUAAUCUGCAUUGUUCUCAAAUGAGUCCAAUGCAUAUUUAAAAAAAAAAAUAAAUAAACCGCCGGGAUAGGCUUCAGCUGCCGUACACAGAAGCGCGUUGCGGCCACACGUUGAACUUCAGUAAAUAUCUAUGUGACCGACUGUUUAUUUUCUUUUUUUUUUUAAAUAAGCAUUGGACUCAUUUGAGAGCAAUGCAUAUUUAAAAAAAAAAAGUCUGUCGGGGAGAGGUUUACCGAAGAUUAACGUGUGGCCGUAACACGCUUCCGUGUACGCUGGCGAUGACGCCGUGUCGUUUUUUUUUUUUGUUUUCAUUAUUCUCAAAUGCGCCAACUUGGCGCCGUGAAAACGGUGACGUCAUGUGCACGAGCUCUAUUCGCGGUCCCGCCAAGUGAUGCCACAAAAUGACAGGAAAACUCACUUGUCCAAAUGAAAGUCCUCAAGCCACUUCAGCAUACUUCCUUGACACCAAAAAGUGGCAAGUCAAAAAUGUUAUUGCUUUGACAUGAAGAUAAAAACAGCAAGUAGGUGAGUUUUUUUGGGGGAAAAAAAACGACUAGACAAAUUUGGACCAUGUGCUAAAAUAAUAAUGAGGUGAGGUGAGGUCCAGGUACUCUGAAGAGUCCAAAUUGCCCUGGCAGCCACUUCAGGUCAUCCCUAAUGAGGUUUAUCCAAAAUAGACGGCUGGAGUUUGCCAGCGUAGAAUUCACAUAAAUUGGCUCAUGUAUGAUUUACAUUUUUAUAUGUCCUGUUAUGAUAGCUCCCCCCCCCCCCCCGCCCCCAAUUUCAUCUCAAGGUGAUGAAAGGGGAUUCGUUUUUUUUUUUUUUUUUAGUAUAUUAUCCAUAAGGGAAAGAUGAAUGAAGAUUUUUGCUAAAUGUCAUUUCAGACAUCCUAAACUGGUCUGCUACAUUUUGUUCUGCACUGUAUGAUAGAAAUGGAACAUUUGGGGCCAAUACCCAAGUAAACAAUCACAAGAAACCGCACCAAAAAAAAAAAAAAAAAGACUACUCCCAUCAAAACCAAAAUUAAAAUGUUGAAAUUGUGCCAAAAAUGAGUAUCGCAUGUUUUGGGGGGGGGGGGGGGGGCUUCUUUUUGUGCGGCCCCCCCGCCACCAUAGACUGAAUGUGGACGGAGCUGAUAAAACGCAAUUGAAAUGUGUUGCAAAGGAAGGCGCCGCAUACAAAUGUGUAUUUUUUUUUUUUUUUUUUGAAACAGUGGGUAAAAAUUGACUCGUAAUAUUCUAUUGAUAUUGUCAGCAAGUGCAUAAUUGUGCGUGGGUGUGUGUGUAUGUGUGUGUGUGUGUGUAAACCAAAUUGAAACCUGUUUGACCUGAUUAAUGUACAAAGGUUCUUUCUUGCAAUAUCGGUGACUCCUCACACAGCACACAAAAUAGUUGAUGGACAGAAAAAGCUCAUUAUUAUUAUUAUUAUUUUUCAAUUAAUGCAUUAAUGACUACAAGAGCCGUCUUUUUUUUUUUAACGUUAACGCACAACUAAACUGCUUUUUAAGACUUGACUCUUCCGUCUAUACUUGACACCGACAGUCUUGCAGCCAUCGUUUACAAAGAUGAUCAUAAAGCAAAUUAAGGGUCAGGCAUAGAUUUACAUAUUUUUUUGUUUGUUUUCAACUCGUAGUCUUGCGUGGAAUUCACCCGGCGAGGGAAAAGAUGGCGGCGUUUUCGUCAGGCUUGCUUAGCAAUCUUGCACUGCAUUCAUGGGGGAAAAAAAAUGAAUAUAUCACAGGUACUUUCCAAUAAUGUUCUUCCAGCGUGCGCACCGACGACAAGAUUGUGCUUGGGUUUUUUUUUUUUCCUUCCUGUGAAUGAUGUAAUGCAACUUGAAUCCAAAUAUUAAUUUUGAAAAUCUUUGAUGUGAUUUUUGAAACGUUCUCGCCACCUCAAAGCACAUAAUCUCCGCGCUCGUGGGGCGCUGAGAAGAGUUCAGCAAUACUACGUAGAUAAAGUUUGGCUGCUAAAAGUUCACACAAUCAUGACGAUAAAAAAAAAAAAAAAAUCUGUUUUUGAGAAAAAUGCUCAUUUUACUGGAUAAAUCUGCUUUCAAAAUAAAACAAAAACACUUGGAUUUUAUUGCGAAAGUCAAAAUUUCAAGUUUUCUUUAUUGCUGACAGUAUUAUUUGAUUUAAAAAAAAAAAAAAAGGGUGCGAUUGUGAAAUGAAAAGUGAAAAGCAAAAUGUCAGCAUUUUAUGGAAAGUACUCCAAUACAGGCAGAAUUGUACAAAAGUUAUACUGUAAUUCCCGGCCGACAGAACGCAAGUAUCACCGAGUACAUUUGUAAAGGAAAUACCAUUUGGUACAUACAUAGGCCGCAGCCGUGUAAAAGCCGCAAGUCCCCACAUUGAAACACGAGAUAUUUACAAACAUAGACGGUACACAGAAAGAGUUUAACGCUAGCGCAGCGCUAACGCUAACAGGGCCUGUUAAAAUAAAACUUACUGGUAAAUGUCACUGAGACAUGCCAGCAACACGCUAGCAGAGCGCUAACAGGGCUGGUAAAAGUCACUUCCUCGGCACAUAUAUUCCACCAGUCUGAUUCUUUCCGCUCGAGUGCCCCCUUGCGGCCGUUAGAAAAAAAUGCACAAAUUAGCUGCAUCACCGCAUAAAGCGCAGAGUUAAAAGCGUGUGUGUGGGGGGGGGGGGUAGUCGCGGCUUGAAGGCCGGAAAUUGCGGUAAAUGGAAAUAAAAUUUAAUCCUCAUUAUUCGAUUGCGUUAUCUCAUCGCAGAAUACUCAGAAACGUCAUUUAUUGAAGUUUUGAAUUCGUGACAGUUUUAAUUUGCCCACAUCAAAUCUUAGAGAAAAAUGUAAGAUUUAGAGAUUAACGUUCAAAAAUGACAUUUAUGAUAAAAUAAGUCAAAACAUUGGAGGGAAAAAAAAGUCACUGCUUUAGCGCGCGUGAAACUCCAUUUUUGACUUUGCAAAAAAAAAAAAAAAAAAAAAUUUGACAGCUUUUUCAUCUUUAUAUUUGUUUCUUAAAAAUCUUGUAAAAGCAACUUUCCACCUGUUCUCACCUGACUUUUCGAUGACAUUGAUCAUGUAAAAUAUUAUCAUCGUAUUACAUUAUCUAUACUUCUGGUCACGUGGCUUUUUCUGGUCAUCGUAGAACAUUUUGCUGAAGUGACGUUGCCAUGACUACACUUGUACCGUUGACUUUAUUCUUUCCAGAAUCCAAAUAUUUUUCCGCUGUUGCAUUUCCUGUUGCGGCAUAAAUAUGUGUGCCACCAGGAUUUGAAUAUGAAAUGCCACAAAAAACAAGAUUUGAAUUUGAAAUCAUCACAUUUUCAAUUGUUGUAUUUCAGUGUAACUUUUCAACGUUAACAAUUCAACCGGCUACAAUUCGCUGUUUAAAAUUCAGCCGUCUGUGCCACCAGGCGGGGUUACUUCAGGUCAGAACCGAACAGCCAGCCAAUCGCAGUUACUCUUUCUUAGUAUGUGACGUCACGUGACUAAGAAAGCCUAACUGGGAUUGGCCGGCUGUUCGGUUCUGACCUGAAGUAACCCCGCCUGGUGGCAAGGACGGACGGUGCCUUUCAGACAGCGAAUUGGAGCGACUAUUGAAAAUAUGAUCCCUUUACAUUUCAAAUUCAAAUCCUGCUGGCUCAUAUUGACUUCCAUGCCUCGUUCCAAUUUUAUUUCGGUGGUACUUUUUUCGAGAUUUCCUUUUCAGCGUGGCCUGAAAACUUGCUGCAUUCUUUUGACAAAGGGAAAAAACAAACGGGAAGGAGCGUUAUGAUAUUCACUUAUGAUGCGGACUUUGGCAUCUGCUGCAAAGAUUUUGCUUCAACUUGGCUUCCUUCCGUUUGGUGUGCGUGUGUGUGCGCACGCAGCACAGCGGCCAUUUUAAAACAAACAAACGAGUCACUCGUGUCAAAUGUCAUCAAGCUUUUUUGCAUGAUGCCACCUGAAGCGUCUGCAAUAAAACAAGUACAAUUACGCACCGGUGCAAAGCAUUGAGUGGACGUCCAGCACACGAAUAUCAUAUUCAUAUGUCAUAGUCGUGCGGAGUACCAGUGGAAUGUAAACAUGAAGGACUGAGGAGGGUCGCGUGAACGCGGAUCAAGUGUUAUGGUUCUGCUUCCUUCCUCUCUCGAAGGGAGAUUUGAAUGAAUGUAAAAAAAAAAAAAACAAAUAUGGAUUGUACCACUUGUGAUUUCUGAAUGUUUGAUUUGACUUUGUUUUAACAUUCUUACAUGCACUUGUACAUAAGCCAUACCUGUUGUUAAAAUAAACCACUAUUUA